GCUUUGUUGAGUGAAGUUGUUAACUUUGUGAAAUGUUUUCAGUAUAUACCAUAUUUUUCACUCCAGAAGACGCACCUGACCAUGAGACACACCUAGAUUUUAGAGGAGGAAAGCAAGAAAAAAAAAUUCUGACCCAAUGGACUGCAGACAUAGUACAGGAGAUGACCAGAGACUGCGGAUAUACUACAGGAAAUGACCAGAGACUGCGGACAUAGUACAGGAGAUGACCAGAGACUGCGGACAUAGUACAGGAGAUGACCAGAGACUGCGGACAUAGUACAGGAGAUGACCAGAGACUGCGGACAUAGUACAGGAGAUGACCAGAGACUGCGG